AUGGAGAUGGUAAGGGAGGUGGAGGCUGAAGAGGCCAGGGAAGAGGCUGCCAGGCGAGCUGCUGAGGCAGCCGAAGAGGAGGCUGCGAAGGAGAAGCCAGUUCGGGAGAAGGGGAAGUCUCCAAACUUCCUAGCUGGGAGGGAGGAUGAGCUGGCCCCAGCUCUGGUGGAGGCUCUCCCUGAGGAAAUCCGAGGUGCCACCGAGAGCUUUUACAAGUUCUGGACGGAGAGGUGGCAGCUUCAUGCCUCGUCUUGUGAUGCCACCGACCUCACGAGGGCACUGGUGAGCCAAAGCGCUCGGACCUUUGGCCUCGCGCUAGAAUGCAGGGAGGCAUUAAGUGAAUUCCAAACAAGGACUCACGCCUCGGAGGGGAAAACUGCUUCACUCGUUGAGGAGGUCAAAGCUGCUAAGGCCGAGGCCGAAGAAAUCAAAGCACAGAGGGCUGAAGAAGCGGCGAAGCUUGAGUCCGCCCUGACCCAAAUUGAGGCCCUAAAGAGGGAAGUAUAUGAGUCUCAGUGCGAGGUGGCCUCUCUGACGAAGAAGGUGGAGGUCUCCAAUGAGCACCAAAAGGUAACUGCCGAGGCUCUGGAGCAGGCGAAUCUCGCCUUGGCCGGUGCUCGUGAUGCAAAUCAGUUUCUCGAAGGCCAGGCGAAGUGGUACAUGAACGACGCCUCGGUUGCCAGAGAAGAGGCCCGGAAUGCAGCGGAAGAGGCGGUGAGGGCAUACAUCGCCAAUUUCCACACUACAGAGGAGUAUAAAAGCUUCAGCGCGUACUGGAGGAACUUCGCCUAUGCCGAAGUGCUGGAGAGGGCAGAGGAGCUUUAUCCAAACUUGGACCUGGCACAACUUAGGUCCGAAUUUGUGGAUGAGGUUCCUCAGACCCCAGCUGAGGAGGUGCAGGGUGACGAGGCAGCUGAUGCCGAAGCCCCAGAUGCUGAGGCAGGGGAAGCAACCACUGAUGCCCAGGUUUAG